AUGAGUGCAGCACAUAAACUUCGAAACAUAUCAUUUGACAUCAAUGAUGAGUGGCUGGGUACAUUGCUCCUUGCUGGAUUACCCGAAGUCUACAAGCCAAUGAUUAUGGCCCUCGAAAGUUCUGGUGUGCCGAUUACAGCAGACUCUGUAAAGACUAAGCUCUUACAAGAAAUAAAGAGCUCCGAGUCAGUUGCAUUAUAUGCAAGUAAGCCAAGUAAAUAUAAACAAAAGGACUCUGAUAGUUCUCCGAAGUUUAACAAAGGGCCCCGUUGUUUCAAAUGCAACCGUUAUGGUCACAUAAGUAAAAAUUGCAGAACAAAGAAAAAGGACCAAGGCAAAGAAACUGGAUAUGUCGCUGUGUUCUCGGCAUCCGCUGCAGCAAGUGACAGUAAGAGCUGGUUUGUUGAUUCAGGAGCGUCCAUGCAUAUGACAAUGAGGCAGGACUGGCUAUACGAUGAAUCAUCACCUCCAAUUACAAGCAUCCGUAUUGCUGAUGAUAAAAUGCUUAAAGUGAAGAGCUGUGGAAAAAUUGAUCUGCCUAUAUGUAAUAGUGAAGGACAAACACAAACCAUACAA